CCCACGCCCCGGCCCGCCCGGGUGUCAGCUGCGCCCGUCACCGAGGCAUCGGGGCGGCUGAUGGGGGCGGGGAGGCCGGGCGGGGCGGACCCGGAAGCCGCGGCAGGUGCUGGGCCCGGCCGGCAUGGAGGCGGCCCCGGCCCGGUACCAGGUCCGCUACCAGCGCCUGGGGGACAGCGACAGCGACGGGGAGGAGGCGGUGGAGCUGCGGGACGGACCGGACCGAUCCUCGCUGCAGGCGCUGCUUCACCAGCACCACCGGGAGACCUGCGCCCGCAUCUCCUCGGCCCUGGUGCUGCUGGCGCUGGCCUUGGCCUUGGCCUUUUACCAGAUGACCUCCGGGGGCUCCUCGCGGCUGGGCGGCGCCCAGGUUCCCAGGCAGGACGGUGGCGCCGGACAGAUGGGGGCGCAGGAGGAGCCUGGAGACAUCCCAUCUGCGGCUCACAUGCAUGCACGGGGCGUUUACCAUCAUGCCACCCUCAUCACCAGCUCAAAGACCUGCUCCCGCCUGGGCAAGGACCUGCUGGUGGCUGGCGGGAACGUGGUGGAUGCCGGGAUCACAGCUGCGCUCUGUCUGGGGCUGGUCCACCCGCAUGCCGGGGGGCUGGGCGGCGUGUUCUCAGCCCUGCUGCACAACGCCUCGUCGGGCAGCACCGUGGCGUUGAACGCCGUCCCGCGCCGUGGCUUCUCCCCGCACUACGGGCUUCCCGUGGCCCUGCCGGGCCUGCGCCUGCUGCACCGGCACUUCGGCCGCCUGGCCUGGCCGCGCCUGCUGGAGGGGCCGGCGGCGCUGGCGGAGAGAGGCGUCCGCGUGGACCAGGAGCUGGCUGCGGCCCUGCAGGAGAGCGCGGGCGCGGUAAAGGCCUCAGGCCUCUGCAGCCUCUUCUGCGACGGGGCCGGCGAGCUGAAGGGCCAGGGCGCGCUGGUCACCCGCCCCCGGCUGGCGGCCCUGCUCCGGGCGGUGGCGUCAGGGGACGAGGCCCUGCCCCAGGCCCUGGCCCCGGACCUGCCCCCUGCCGAGCGGGAGCCCUUCCUGCAGGCCAUGGGGGACGUGGGGCUGGAGCUGCAGAGCCCCCUGGCCAUGCAGCUGGGCGACACCUGGCUGUAUGGAGCCCCGGCCCCCGCCGCCGGCAGCCUGCUGGCCAGCGUCCUCAAGGAGGUGCGGGCAGCCGAGCCCCGGGACGCGCCUGAUCCCUGCCUGAGGGCCCUGAGUGCGGCCUGGCGUGGCUACUCCCGGGGACUUGGGGGGGCCCUGGGUGGGGGCCCCUCACCCCGGCCCCCUCGCCCUGCCAGGGCCCCCUCGCCCGUGGGCAGCCACCUGGCAGUGGCAGACAGCCAGGGGAACGUGCUGCUGCUCUCGGCCUCUCUCAACAGCUCCUUCGGCUCCAAAUUCCUGGCGCCCGCCUCGGGCAUCCUGCUGAGUGACCUGAGAGCGCCCGCGGGGCCUGGCCUGCUCUCCUGGGCCUGCCCCGUGGUGCUGGGCCUGGGGGAAGAGGGGACAGUGGUGGGGCUGGGGGCCACAGGGGGCAGUGCGGCCCCACUGGCCCUGGCCCAGGCCAUUAUAAACCAGGUGUACCUGGGGCAGCCCCUGCAGGAGGCGCUGGAGAGCCCAUGGCUGCAGCUCAGGGGCGGGGGGGACGGGGCCUCCCCAGGCUGUGGGCCGGGCACCCAGUCAAAUCUGUCCAGUGGCGAGUGGGCUGGGGGGGCCCCACAGGCGGGCCCUUGGGUGCUGCAGGUGGCAUCACAGGGUGAGCACGCACGUGCCUUCGCCGCCCCGGCCACGUGCUGCCAUCACGAGGGGUAUUAGCCCCAGGGGCCCUGCUCAGAGACCGGGGCACACAGCGCUGGCGUGGGCAGGGCUGGCAUGCCUGGUGUGCCGUGGACCCCAAGCUGGCCCUGCCCAUGUAGUGCCGGGGGCACAGCGUGAGUGGCUGGUUCUGGCAGCCCUGGUUGGACUCCCCCGCCCAGGGGCCAGUACCGCACUCCGGCAGGCCCCCUCCCCCUCCUUGCCGGCGUGGCAGGGCUAUGCAGGGCCCCCUGUCACGGGGGGUCGGGCUGCUGCCCUUUGCAUCAGGCCAGCCCAGGUUCCCUGGGGUUUGGGGCAUGCCAGGGGCUGGUUCCUCCCUGCUCUCCACUCUGGGGCCCCCGCUGCUGCCUGGCACCUCUCUGGAGACAGCCCCACUCCCCCCCCCCCCCCCCCAGAUCCCUGCCAGACACUCCUGGGUCCUGACGUGACGGGAGCUGCAGCCCCAUGCGCACACGGGCGUUCGGCUGACCGGAGCCAGGCUGGGGGUCCCAGGAGGCUGACGGUGUGUCCUAAGGGCUGGGGCCAGAGAGAUGGGCUGCAGAUGGGGAGAAGGGUGCUGGGGAAGGGGUGUUACCCAGGCUGUGACGGAGGCUGUGGGACCCUCCCCACCAGUCUCUGGGCCCGUGGAGGGGGGUGGCAGCGAGCCAGUUGGCUGUGCUGAGUGUGAAAAGCCCUUCGCUGCCCUCGCUGCCGGGGCACAAGCCUGGGGGGCAGCACGGUGAGGGUGGGGCACCGGGAGCUGAGAGCGGGCAGUGGUGCGAAGCACAAGCAUGUGCCCAGUGCUAGGCCUCGCGGGCCCCCCACAGAUGGUGUUUGGCCCCCUGGCUCAGGUGCAGGGCCAGGCGGGAUCGGGAGGCGGGGGUGAUGCUAGGGCAGGAGUUAGAGCAGGUGCUGGGGGAGUCCCAGGUUCAACCCCCCGUCUCUGCUCGGGGGGGGUGAGGCUUUGAGCGGGGUCAUUGGGCCAGCAGGCGAGAGCGGCUCCAGCUGACCGGUGCCCGUGUGUGGGGCACUAGACACCUCCCUGCAUCCUGGACUCGGUGCCCGUCUCUGCCCCGUUGUACGGGGAGACCAGAUGCCCAGACCAGCUGUGUGCAUCUGUGACGAAGUGGGGGAUUUUCUUGUUUUCUGUGGAGUUUCAAUGGUUUGCAUGCGGAGGGGGUGGGGCUCAGUUUCCCUGGGUGUUACUGGUUUAACGAGGUGAGGGGAGAGGGAGUGUGUUUUGCAGAGGACCGAAGAGGGAACUUGGGACCCCAGCCAAUGCCCUGGAGGAUGGACACCCCAGCAACCAGUGACCCGGAGGCCCAGCUGAGGAGACGCAGCCGGUUCUGGCCAGUGGGAGGACAAUGGGCUGCAGAGUGAGGACCCGGUGACCUAACAAGCCGGUUCCAGCCAGAGGACAGAAGCGAGGAGAGGAGGCCCCGGUUUACGACCCUGUUUACCUGGAGAGAAGGCAAUGAACAGAGGCGGGGCCUGGGGCUGGGGUAUCAGAUGCCCAGCUGUGAGCAGGGGGGCUCUGGGCUGGAGAGGGGGAGCAGACAGAGCCCACCUGGAUGCAGGGAGACUGGGAUGUGCUGGGCUGAGGGAGGCCAGGCCUGAGGCCCUGAGAGUUUCCUGUGCUGUGUUCAACUCUCAAUAAACCUCCUGUGUUACGCUG